GAGGAAACGAGCUGAAAAUGAUGGCUGGCAAAAAUGGGUGUGUUUCAAAAGAAUAAAAAUAAUUGUGUUGAACUUUCUAGGGUGGGUAUAUGGCUGCAAAGGUCCAGAAAUUGGAAGAACAGUUUCGAUCAGAUGCUGCUAUGCAAAAGGAUGGAAAUUCAUCUACGAUUUUUAGUGGAGUUGCCAUCUAUGUUAAUGGCUAUACAGAUCCUUCUGCUGAGGAGUUGAGAAAGCUGAUGAUGUUGCAUGGAGGCCAAUACCAUGUGUAUUAUUCCAGAUCCAAAACCACACACAUUAUUGCCACAAAUCUUCCUAAUGCCAAAAUUAAAGAAUUGAAGGGAGAAAAGGUAAUUCGACCAGAAUGGAUUGUAGAAAGCAUUAAAGCUGGACGACUUUUAUCCUGCAUACCCUAUCAGCUGUACACCAAGCAGUCCACUGUACAGAGAGCUCUCAACUUUAAUCCCGUAUGCAAACCUGAAGACUCUAUGCCGGGCCCAAGCAAUAUAUCCAAACAGCUCAACAACAGGGUAAAUCACAUAAUUAAGAAGAUUGAGACAGAAGGUGAAAUCAAAGUCAAUGGCAUAAACAGUUGGAUUGAAGAAACUGCAAAUCAUGAUUUUAGUUGUGUGGAGCUGGAGCAGAUCUCUUUGGAUCGGAAACAGAACGGAAUUCCCCAUCACAGAGACAGCACUGCCAUUUGUAAUGGCCACACUCAUAGCUCUAAUGGUGCCUUAAAGACCCAGGAGUGCAUGGUGCCCAUGGGCAACAGUGUUGCCAACAGGCUUUCUCCAGACUCCGCCCAGGAGGAGGCGGCGGUCACUGACAAGAGCAGCACCGACCUCCGAGACUGCACUGUGCAGCAGUUGCCACAGAACAACAGAGAUGCAGAUGCAGUGCGGAAUCCACACAGAACUAAUUCCUUCCCAUUAUUGUCUCCACAUAGUACCAUGAAAAUUAAUGGUGCACACCAAUCCACUCUUCAGGGGCCUUCAAGCACAAAAAGCACUUCUUCAGUACCGACUCCUAGCAAGGCAGCACCUUCAGUGCCAUCCAAGCCUUCAGACUGCAAUUUCAUUUCAGACUUCUACUCUCAUUCGAGACUGCAUCACAUAUCAACAUGGAAGUGUGAAUUGACUGAGUUUGUCAAUACUCUACAAAGACAAAGUAGUGGUGUCUUUCCGGGAAGGGAAAAGUUAAAAAAAAUGAAAACAGGCAGGUCUGCACUUACUGUAACUGACACAGGAAGCGUGUCAGUAUUGAGUUCACCCAGACAUCAGAGCUGUAUCAUGCAUGUUGAUAUGGAUUGCUUCUUUGUAUCAGUGGGUAUACGAAAUAGACCAGAUCUCAAAGGAAAACCAGUGGCUGUCACAAGUAACAGAGGCACAGGAAGGGCACCUUUACGCCCUGGUGCCAACCCCCAUUUGGAGUGGCAUUAUUACCAGAAUAAAAUCCUGAAAGGCAAAGCAGCAGAAAUACCUGAUCCGUCAGUGUGGGACACUCCAGAUUCUGCACAAUCAAAUGGAAUUGAUUCUGUUUUAUCAAAGGCUGAAAUUGCAUCUUGUAGUUAUGAAGCCAGACAAGUUGGCAUUAAGAAUGGAAUGUUUUUUGGACACGCUAAGCAGUUAUGUCCUAAUCUUCAAGCUGUUCCAUAUGAUUUUCAUGCAUAUAAGGAAGUUGCGCGAACAAUGUAUGAAACCCUGGCAAGCUAUACACACAACAUCGAAGCUGUCAGCUGUGAUGAAGCACUGGUAGACAUCACUGAAGUCCUUGCUGAGACCAGACUUACUCCUGAUGAGUUUGCAAAUGCUGUGCGAAUGGAAAUCAAAGACCAGACUCAAUGUGCGGCCUCUGUGGGAAUUGGUUCUAAUAUUCUCCUGGCUAGAAUGGCAACCAGAAAAGCAAAACCAGACGGGCAGUACCACUUAAAGCCAGAGGAAGUCGACGACUUCAUCAGAGGCCAGCUAGUUAUUAAUCUCCCAGGAGUUGGUCGUUCAAUGGAAUCCAAGUUGACAUCCUUGGGAAUUAAAACUUGCGGCGACUUGCAAUAUAUGACCAUGGCCAAACUCCAAAAAGAAUUUGGUCCCAAGACAGGUCAAAUGCUUUAUAGGUUCUGCCGGGGUUUGGAUGAUCGGCCAGUUCGAACUGAAAAGCAAAGGAAGUCUGUUUCAGCUGAGAUCAACUACGGCAUAAGGUUUACCCAGCCAAAGGAAGCAGACGCUUUUCUUUUGAGUCUUUCAGAAGAAAUCCACAGACGACUUGAAGCUGCUGGCAUGAAGGGCAAGCGGCUGACUCUUAGGAUCAUGGUGCGAAAGCCGGGGGCCCCUGUGGAAACCGCCAAAUUCGGAGGCCAUGGGAUUUGUGAUAACAUAGCCAGGACUGUCACUCUUGACCAGGCAACAGAUAGUGCAAAGAUCAUUGGAAAGGCUACACUGAACAUGUUUCAUACAAUGAAACUAAAUAUAUCGGAUAUGAGAGGGGUUGGAAUUCAAAUGAAUCAGUUGGUUCCGACUCAUCAGACCCAUCCCACAUGUCCCAGUCACCCAUUGGUACAAUCAGAGCACUCUUCUGGCGGGUCCCACUCUGUCAUCGAUCUCUUACAAGUUCAGAAAGCUAAGAAAUCCACAGAGGAGGAGCACAAGGAAGUCUUCCUAGCUGCCAUGGAUCUUGAGAUCUCAUCUACUUCUAGAACAUGCACUUUGCUGCCCUCCGUCCCCACACAUCUGACUUCCGCUCUCAAUCCUGUUCCCAGCAAAGCAGAGUCUUCAGUGAAAUGGAAUGGUCUACAUCCUCCUAUCAGUGUGAAAUCAAGACUUAACCUAAGUAUAGAGGUUCCAUCACCUUCUCAGCUCGAUCAGUCAGUGUUAGAGGCACUUCCACCAGAUCUCCGGGAACAAGUAGAACAAGUGUGUGCUGUGCAGCAAGGAGAGCUACCUGGGGACAGAAAGAAAGAACCCGCAAAUGGCUGUAAUACAGGAAUAUUACCACAACCAGUUGGGACAGUUUUGUUGCAAAUACCAGAACCUCAGGAAUCCAACGGCGACACGGGAAUUAAUGUAAUUGCACUUCCAGCAUUUUCACAGGUGGAUCCUGAGGUGUUUGCUGCCCUUCCUGUUGAGCUUCAGAAGGAGCUGAGAGCAGCCUAUGAUCAAAGGCACAGGCAGGCUGAGAGUACAGCCCUGCAGCAGGCAGCCAGCUUGUCUGUGCCAAAGAACCCUUGGCUUCAGUUAAAACCAGCAGCAGUGAGAGAUAAGAAAAAAAGCAGAAAGAAGACUCCCACCAGCCCGAAGAAAAAGGUUCAGAGCCCUUUGAAAAACAAGCUGCUGAGCAGUCCUGCAAAAUCCCUGCCAGGGCCCUGCAGGAGUCCCCAGAAGUUAAUUGAUGGCUUCCUGAAACAAGAAGGUCCUGCGCUUGACAAGCCCCUGGGAGAACUGCCUGCUUCCACUUCCAGCGUGACAGGCUAUCCUGAUCUGCAGGUGAACCUACCCAGCUGUGCUAGGCCCCUGGCACCUAAUCUAGCUGGAGCUGUGGAAUUUAAUGAUGUGAAGACCUUGCUCAAAGAAUGGAUAACUACUAUUUCAGAUCCAAUGGAAGAAGACAUUCUGCAAGUUGUGAAAUAUUGUACUGAUCUGAUUGAGGAAAAAGACUUGGAAAAAUUGGAUCUCGUUAUAAAAUACAUGAAGAGGUUGAUGCAGCAGUCGGUGGAAUCAGUUUGGAAUAUGGCAUUUGAUUUUAUUCUAGACAAUGUUCAAGUGGUUUUACAACAAACUUACGGAAGCACAUUAAAGGUUACGUAAAGAUCCCUGGGGCUCUCGCUAGCUGUGCCAUAAGUGCUUGUGAGGUAUUUGCGAAGUGCAUGAUAGUAAUGCUCUGAGUUUUUUCUAAUUUUCAUUUUCUUUUUAAGCAAGUGUUUUGUACAUUUCUUUUCAAGAAGUGCCAAAUUUGUCAGUAUUGCAUGUAAAUAAUUGUGUUAAUUCUUUUACUGUAGCAUAGAUUCUAUUUACAAAAGGUUUGUUUAUAAAGUUUUAUGGAUUUUUACAGUGAAGUGUUUACAGUUGUUUAAUAAAGAACUGUAUGUAUAUUU